AUGGAAGACGAAGAAUUCAGAAAACUACCGGCCGACGAAAAGUGCGUACACAAACUGUGGAAAGCGAGGAUCGUCGGUUACGAGGAAAUCACCAAAUUAUUCAAAGAAAUUGACGAUGAAAAAUCGCCGGAGUUCGGAAAGUACCUCGGCCUUGUUAAAAAAUUCGUGGUUGACAAUAACGUAGUGGCCCAGGAGAAGGGCUUGGAGGCCACUUUGACUUACGUGGAACAUUACGCUCAUGCUGGGAAAACGACAGCUGAGGUGAUGGCCGGAAUUGUUGCCAAAUGCAUGGCAGCUCCGAAGGCCAAAACCAAAGAACUAGCUCUCCAGAUUACCCUGAUGUAUAUCGAAAUCGAAAAGCACGAGAUAGUACAAGACGAACUAAUGAAAGGAAUGGAUUUGAAGAACCCGAAAAUCGUAUCGGCUUGCAUCAAUGCCUGCACAACAGCACUAAGAGAAUUCGGCACUAAAAUCAUAAACGUAAAGCCACUUUUAAAGAAAAUAAGCGGCCUUUUAUCAGAUAGGGACAAGGGCGUACGAGAUGAAACGAAGCUAAUGGUUAUCGAGAUGUUUCGCUGGAUCGGUGGCCCUUUGAGGGCUCAGCUACAAACAGCCAACUUACAGGCCUUGCAGUUAGCUGAAUUGGAAAGCGAAUUCGCCAAAAUCGAAGGCCAAAAAGCCACUCCGACGCGAUACAUAAGAUCACAGCAAGCUAAAAAGGCUGUAGUUCGAGACAAUGGAGGCGACGCUCAAGGUGACGGAGGUGAAGAAGAAGAAGAAGAGGGCGCUCCGGAAGUCGAAAUCGACCCAUUCGAGCUACUACCAGAAGUUGAAGUCCUAUCGAAAAUUCCCAAAGAUUUCUACGAAAAAGUCGAGGCAAAGAAAUGGCAAGAGCGCAAGGAGGCUCUGGAAGCGGUCGAAGUCCUAGUGAAGAAUCCUAAACUACAAAAUGGCGAUUACGGUGACCUAGUGAGGGCCCUAAAAAAAGUGAUACAAAAAGAUAGUAAUGUGGUAUGCGUGGCAAUAGCCGGCCGUUGUAUCGGAGGUUUAGCCGCUGGAUUGAAAAAGAAAUUCCAAACUUACGCCGGAUUCUGUGUGCCUACCAUAUUAGAUAAAUUCAAAGAGAAGAAACAGAAUGUAGUAACGGCCUUAAGAGAAGCUGGUGAUGCUGUAUAUUUAACGACUAACUUGGAAGCAAUUUUGGAAGAUGUCACAGAAGCUCUCGAUAACAAAAAUCCAUCAAUUAAAACAGAAACUACGCUAUUUUUGACACGAGCGUUUACUAAAACAUCACCUGCGACUAUUAAUAAGAAACUUCUGAAAGCCAUCACAACUACUUUAUUGAAAAACAUGAACGAACCAGAUCCCGGUGUAAGAGAAGCCACUGCAGAAGCGUUGGGUACUUUAAUGAAACUCGUGGGAGAGAAAGCCAUUAGUCCGUACUUGGUGGAACUGGAGAAAGACAAUUUGAAAAUGUCCAAAAUCAAAGAGUUUCACGAUAAAGCCGAAAUAAUCGUGAAAUUUAAAGAGAAGAAAGAAUCGCCGGCCAAAGAACCUCCAGCAAGAAAUGCUUCUUCUGCGGCCAUUAAAACCAAAUCUAAACCAACCAAGAAAGCAGAGAUAUCAUCCGGUUCGUCAACUGUGGUACGAAAUAAAAGUUCAAAAGCAAUUUCGAAAAGCGAAGAUUCCAAAUCAUCCGCUAGAGGCGUAACGAAAUCUGCCAGUUCUUAUUCGGUAAAUGAAGAGGAUGAUCAGGAGCCGGCCGCAGAUCACAUGCCCAGAGUGGACGUGAGCGCCCAAAUAACCGAAAGCCUCUUGAAUGAAUUGGGCGACAAGCAGUGGAAGGUCAGACAGGAGGCUCUCACUAAAAUCGAAGUGAUCAUCAGCGAAGCGAAGUUUAUCAAGUCGAAUUUGGGCGAUCUGCCUCAAUCGUUGGCCGCCAGAUUGUCCGAUAGCAACGUUAAAAUCGCCAAGACCGCUCUAUCGUUAUGCGAGGUCAUUUGCAAAGCCAUGGGGCCGCAAUUCAAGCAAUACGUACGAGUCUUUUUACCCACGAUUUUGCAAGGUUUGGGCGACAAUAAAGCGGCAAUGCGAGCCUCCUGCUUGGAUGCUAUGAAUACUAUGAGGGAAAUUUGCGGAUACAAAGAGUUUUUCGAAAGCGAAAUGAUUGCGGACGCUCUCAAAUCCGGUUCUCCCGCUUUGAAAAUCGAACUGUGGAAUUGGCUCGCCGAAAACCUUCAGAAAGCUCCUCCCAGUCAAAUUUCCCGCGAAGAGCUGAUGGCCUGCAUACCGCAUUUGUUCAGCAACCUGGAAGACAGGAACGCGGACGUUCGCAAGAACGCUAACGAAGCCGUUUUGGGCGUCAUGCUCCAUCUCAGCUACGAAACCAUGGCGAAACAAACGGAGAAACUCAAACCCGGCUCCAAGGCUGUGGUACUGGUUGCCCUGGACAAGGCCAGGCCCAAUCUACCGGUCAAACCCCUACCCCCUACCAAAGAGAAGGUCGUAAAGAAGGAGAAGGAAGCGAAGACGACGCGAGAGUCCAAACCGGCAUCCAAAAAGCCAGCAUCGAAGGCUUCUACGGCAUCGACGGGCCGCAAACGCGAAGAAGAAGUUGACACUUCUCCUUUGCUCACGGUGAACAGUUUGAAGCAGCAGAGAACUUUGGACGAGAACAAACUGAAAGUACUCAAGUGGAACUUCACGCAGCCCCGAGAAGAGUUUGUUGAAUUGUUAAAAGACCAAAUGGCGACGGCCAAUGUUAACAAAACGUUGAUGUCUAAUAUGUUCCACAACGAUUUCAGGUAUCACAUAAAAGCAUUGGAAUCGUUAAGCGAGGACAUGCUGGAGAACACCCAAGCUUUGAUCUCCAAUUUGGAUCUCAUUUUGAAGUGGCUCACGCUCAGAUUUUUCGACACGAAUCCUUCGGUUCUCCUGAAAGGGCUCGAAUAUCUCCAGUACGUUUUUAGCAUGCUUAUUGAAACCAAAUACCACAUCACGGAAAACGAAGCGGCUUCAUUCAUCCCGUACUUAGUCAAUAAGAUUGGCGAUCCGAAAGAUUCCGUUCGUAACGGCGUGAAAAUUCUACUGAAACAGCUAAACAUGCUGUAUCACGUGAACAAAUUGUUCACCUUCGUCAUGGAGGGUUUGAAGUCGAAGAACGCCAGGCAAAGGGCCGAGUGCUUGGAAGUGCUGGGUGGUAUCAUCGGAGAGUUCGGUAUAUCAGUUUGCGCGCCUACGCCAGCCGCUUGUUUGAAAGAAAUCGCCAAGCAAAUAUCCGACAGGGACAACUCCGUCAGAAACGCCGCGCUGAAUUGUUUGGUCGAAGCUUACUUUAUCAUCGGCGAGAAAAUCUACAAAUCCGUUGGAAAUAUAUCCGAUAAAGACAUGUGCCUGUUGGAAGAGAGAAUCAAACGAUCGAGUAGAAAAACCACCAUUCCUAAACCCGAUGUAAAUGUAACUGUUGUACUACCAACGCAAAAAGAAUGCAAAGAGGAUUUGAUGAAUACUGUGGUUUUGAGUAAAGUGGAUACGAAUAAUGAGAUCGAAGAAGAUAUCGAAGAGGAACACUUGCCUCGUUUGAAGUUAGACAUUUGUAUUAGCCGUUUGCCUACUGCUGUAACUGAAUCGCCGAAAGAGUUCGAUGGACCGUUCAGAUUAGAUCCGGAUUUCAUGGAAGCCCUGGAAAGGAGCAAACCGCCGCGGCCCGUCAAGCCCAAACUGAUACCUGUCGAUCUCUCUUUCCUAAACGAAGAAAUCAAAAUUCCCACCAUCGAGGAAGCCAGAGAGCAAGUACGGGCUCGUAUGGCAAAGCAAGCGAGUGGCCCUAAUGAGACUAAAACAUGGCUAAAUUUGAACGCGAAUGUUGUGAGUCCCAACAAGCAGGACAUCGUCCUGGAACGGCUGAUUAAAAAUAUCAGUUCCCCUACUAAUUCUGUAGUCUUGGCAAGCCUCGUGCAGUUGCAUGAGUUAUUGAACACAACCCGGGGUAACGCUAUUGUGGAUUACGAAGAAGAAUUGAUGAAAGCGCUCGUUGGUUUGCUUAAAAAUUUGCAAAAUAUCGAUGUAAUAACGGAUAGUUUUGCUGGUAGAUUGUAUAGAAAUCUCUUCGUCACUUUUACCCAUUUCUUUGGUAAUCCCUUACUGGGAAAGCACAUGUCAAAGACGGUGAUAAAAGAUCUCAUGGAUCAUAUGAUAAAUUUGUUGGUAGAAGAAAGACUGAAGAGUAUACCAGACGGAGAUUGUUACGUAAGAAUCAUAAAUUUACAGUGCAUUAAUGUCAUUGAAAAAUGUGAUCAUACCAAUACGAUAUGCGCUCUAGUUCAACUGAUAACCGAAUACAUAAAUAAUGAUAGCUCGGGAAGGAGCGUGGAUCUCGUCAUGAAAUGCAUCUGGAGGGUUAUCAAACUAAUGCCUAAAUGGGGCGAUGAGAUCGAUUACGAUUUAGUGCUCUUGGAAGUGCACAAUUUCUCUAAACAAUUCCCCACUACCUGGUGGAAGAAUCGCGAUGAUACGCCAUUGAGAACCGUUAAAACCAUCGUACAUUCCAGUACAAAGAUUAAGGGAGGUACGAUUUUACUACAUUUAGGAAAGAUACCAAAUACGAGCGAAUCGAUGGUUGAAUCUUACAUUUUACGGGUACUUAAGAGCAUGAAAAUAUCCGAAAUACAACAUAUACCAGUGAAACAAGAAACUCAACGGAGGUCGCUAUCGAGAGCCAAUCACGAAAUGCUGACGGACAUUUUCCAAAAGAUCGGCAACAAAGAAGACACUAAAGAAGGUUUAAAUUUGCUGUACGAUUUCAUGCAACAACAUCCGGAGGCCAAUAUAGAGCCGGUUUUGACUAACUGCAGCAAGGUGUUUCAAGAUUACAUUAGAAACGGACUGAAGGAGAUUGAAGGUUCUCGACAAAAUCCUACUACAACUUAG